AGGAGCAACACUCGUGGUUCUUAUGUGAGGGUGGGAGAAGAGAGCUCAUUUCAUCACUUUGACUGGACGACUUCCUCAUUUCACAGCUGCUAUAGGACUGAGAUAUCAAGCUGACUUUCAAAGAGACUGUGAUACUUGGUGUGAAAAGCAGGAAAUAUUUCUUUUUCCGUGUCUGUAAUUUUACAGGUCAGAAGCUGCAGCCUCAGCAGGCACUGAACUGCUCAAGAUGUUGAAAAAACUCCUGCAAUAUGCUCGUAGUGGAAAAAUCGGCACCACUGGCACAGGCUUUGGGAUUUUCUUCGCAUUUAUGUAUCUGCAGGCCAAGAUGUGCGCUUGCUCAGGCCACACUUUCGAUUGCAAUGAAAUGGUGGUCGUGCCUGUUUUUUUAAUAUUUUUCCUGGUGCUCCUGAUAGACCAGACAUUUCGGAGCACAGCGGAGCAUCCAUCCACGUUUUUAUGCAUUGUACUCAAGCGCGUUAUCAGAGCGUUUCUAAUCAGUCUGCUGUGGAUUGUAGCUGUGUUGCUUUUCACAGACUGGUAUAGUUGCUGUACCACUGAUGAAAAAAAGAGGAAGCUGUUCUGUGAACCUUCGAACAACACAGCUGAUGAAACAGCUCAAAUAACUGAGCUGCAAAUGAAGUCAAAGCUUGCUGCUUACUCUCUGCUCCUCAGCAUGACUCUUGCAGCUUUCUUCAUGACUUGGAGUGGAUGGAGAAAAUGGUUUGUAAAAAAAUACAGUUGUUGCAACAAGAAAACGUUUUACUACAAACUGAUUUUGGAAGAAGAGAAAAAAGUUCUGGAGGAGCUUUUGAGGAAAGAAGCAAAUGAGACUUUGACUAAAGAAAUCAUGAGCAACAUAAAAAGGAAAGACUGGGACGGCUGUUUAAAUGUUGCUCAACAAAUGAUCAAUAAAGCAAAACAUCAAAAACCAGAAGCAACCAACCAGCAGAUCAACUGGAUCAGUGAGGGGAGCUCCAACAGAGGGGGACAGCAUCAUCAAGCAGCAGCACAUCAGCAGGCACAAAAGUAUGAACUCCAAGCAUCGUCACAAGAUUAUCAUCAUCCACACUGACACAUGUUCAACUCCUCACAGUGAGUCAGAACUGUGUUUUUGUUGUACGCAGUGCCUGGAAUAGAGCACAGAAGUAAAAACAAUUUGUUUUUUUAUUUAUUUUAAUUGUUUUCAUUUUUUAAGUCUACAGUAGUUUAAUGUCAUUCAGUUAACACAAGAGUUCAGGUUUCAGUCUAGUUCUGACUGAAAUACCUUGGUUCUUUACAGACACAUUUCUGUGUUUUCUGACAAAAAUGUUUUUUUGUCCGAUAGAGAUCAGAGACACCGAACCGUUAUUUGAUGAAUACUUCUGAAAGAAGAUGAAGAGGUGCAGCUAGAAAAUCAAUACAAAAGACCACUGACAAAUCAUGCCCAUCCAGCAGUCUGUUUUCUGAUGCUUACCUCGGUUCAGGUGUUGGGUGCAGCAGUCUGAUCAGAGACAGCCCGACCUCGUUUUCCUUUGCAACUUCCUGCACCUCCCCGAGCUUUUCCGGGUUCCCACUGAGACGGUUACAAGUCUGCCACGACACCUAGUCUCUCUUUCUGCAAUUUUUGUCAGACUAUGUCAAGUGUCCAUUCUGUGCUCAUGUUGUAAAUCUAAAGAAAUGUUUCCAUGUUUGUAUUAUGCUUUAUUUUUUUUAUGUAGUCUAUUGACAAUUCAGCUUUUACAUUAAUACACUUGCAAAUGGAGUGGUGUAAGUAAAUAAUAUUGAUCAAAAUAAAGUGCUCUAUAAAAAAACAA